AUAAUGCUGGUGCAGCGCGGAAAAGCAGAGGGCUGGCUGCACCUCGACGUCGCUGCCCUGACAACAUGGGCCGUCGCCAAUGGCAUCGAAUUCAAAAGCGCUUCUCCUGCUCUGAUACCCGGGAGAGGCAUCGGCCUACUCGCGGACAGGCCUGUUCAAUAUUCCUCAUCGGAGUCGUCCGUGUUCUUGACAAUACCAGAAGACCUCGUCCUUUCGAUGGAAGCGGUCAAAAGACACGCCCGUUUCGACACGCACUUUCGGGAGCUCAUUGAGAGCCUUGACGACUUCGGCAGAACCCCUCGAGGUGCCAUUCUCUCCUUCCUUCUCUUUCAAGCUUCUGUCUCCUGCCCCCAUCUUGCUGAACGUGUCGGCGUCCAUUGUGCUCUUACAGACUACGUGAAGACAUUGCCCUGUGAGCUUCUACCCACCUUUUGGCGUCCGGAAGAGCUUCAAUUGUUGGCUGGCACUACUCUGGCGCCGGCUGUCGCUGCGAAGUUGAAAAGCCUGCGCCGUGAAUAUGAUCUUCUUUGCGAGUCUGCCGCUCGCACACGAUGGUACAAUCUGGUGGAAGGACUUCUUUCAUUUGAAGAUUGGCUGCAUGUGGAUGCCAUGUUCCGAUCGCGAGCCUUGGACUUCUAUGGCUCUUGCAUGAUUCCAGGCAUGGAUUUGGCCAGUCAUGCUGCCGGCGAUGGUACUGUUGCUCGCUAUGACCGCGAAGAUGGGCGAUACUUUCUUCGAUUGAUAGAGGGCAAAUCCCUUCAGGAAGGACAAGAAGUCACCAUCACUUAUGGUGACGAAAAAGGAGCUUGUGAGAUGCUGUUCUCCUACGGAUUCAUCGACGAUUCCAUGGACACAGCAGAGACUUUGUUCCUCAGCCUAAGCAUACCGGAUAGCGACCCGUCGAGAACAGCAAAAAUGAAGAUUGCAGACUGCGCUCCAGGAUUCAAGAUCAUCGAUGUGGUCGGCAGCGGAAAUGUCGAUGACGAGUCCAACACAGAGGAUGAGAUUGAUUGGAAGGGUGACUUUAUCUGGCUUAUGUGCGCUGGCAAAGAGGACGGACUCUGUUUUGAGCUCGCGAGAACAGUCGACCAGGACGAGCCAGAGCUCCAAGCCACUUUCCAAGGCAUCGAACUGAAGCAUGGAGCCAGCGAUCUAAAGCGUCACCUUGCGCAGAGCGACCUAUGGCCUGUAUACAGGCUACGUGCUGUUGUAAUCCUACAGCAGCGAGUAUUCGACCAGCUGCAGCUGUUGUACAGUACCCAGGAAGACUUCGACGCUGUGCCGCAUGGUGACGCAGCAGACGUCAGGAGCUUUCCUUAUGCAUCAGCCUUGAAGUUGAGGAGAUUAGAAUUCGAGCUUCUUGAGAAGGCGUACGGAGACUUUGAGAGACAGAAACUAGCUUUGGCAGACGAUCCAGUUGUGAGACGAUACUUGUCCGAUAUGAAUGCUCAAUCCCCGGAAGAGGACUUCGCAUGA